AUGAGGGAGGAGAGAGGGGUAGAAGAUAAUUCCUAUGAGGCUGUGGACUGGGUAAGAACAAGUAAAAAGGUAAAGAUUGUGGCUUCAGUCGGGGUGAAGUCUGAUAAAGUUUCUUGGAGCCACGUGUUAGUAACCCAGUCGGCUAUGCAGCUCAUGUUUUUUAUGGAUCAGGAAUCUGAGCAUGUGGUGGUUCGCCCCCUGACUCAGGAUUUCUCACAAGGCCAAGUCAUGAUGUUGGCCAGGGCUGGAGUCUCAUCUGCAGAGUCCACUGGACUACAGUCUGUUUCUGAGUUCCAUGAGUGUAAUGUGCAGCCAACCUCAAGAACAGCUCUUUCUACAAGGGCUGUGGAAGAAAUUGAGCGUAUUUUGAAGACGAUUGCUCUAGGACAGAUGUUGUCCUUGUGUAUUUGUGGGACGGCUAUCACAAGCCAGUAUUUGGCAGAAAAGUACAAAGUGAACACCCCUAUGUUUCAGAGCUUUCUCAACUAUUGCUUACUGUUCCUGGUUUACACAGUGAUGCUGGCUUUUCAAUCAGGCAAUGAUAACCUUUUAGACAUCUUGAGGAGGAAAUGGUGGAAGUACAUCCUGCUGGGACUGGCAGAUGUGGAAGCGAAUUACCUGAUGGUCAAAGCGUACCAGUACACAACCCUAACCAGUGUCCAGCUUCUGGAUUGUUUUGGGAUUCCUGUGUUGAUGGCUCUCUCGUGGUUUAUUCUUCAUGCAAGAUACAGGGUGAUCCACUUCAUUGCGGUGUGUGUCUGUCUGUUGGGCGUAGGAACCAUGGUUGGCGCAGACAUAUUAGCAGGGAGAGAAGACAAUUCAGGGAGUGAUGUACUGAUUGGUGAUAUCUUGGUCCUGCUUGGGGCAUCCCUGUAUGCUGUUUCUAAUGUAUCUGAAGAGUACAUUGUGAAGAAACUGAGCAGACUGGAAUUUUUAGGAAUGCUGGGCUUAUUUGGAACAAUUAUCAGUGGCAUACAGCUAUUGGUUGUGGAAUAUAAGGAUAUGGCCAGCAUUCACUGGAACUGGAAAAUUGCCCUGCUGUUUGUGGCAUUUGUCAUCUGUAUGUUUUGCUUGUAUAGCUUCAUGCCAUUGGUGAUUAAAGUCACCAGUGCAACUUCAGUCAACCUGGGCAUCCUGACAGCUGACCUUUACAGCCUUUUCUUUGGACUCUUUCUGUUUGGCUAUAAGUUUUCAGUACUCUACCUCCUGAGCUUCACCGUCAUCAUGGUGGGAUUUAUCUUGUACUGCUCCACCCCGACGCGCACAGCGGAGCCAGCGGAAAGCAGUGUGCCCCAGCUCACCAGCAUUGGGAUUGACAACCUGGGACUGAAGCUUGAGGAGAGUGGUCUCCCGGAGACCCAGUCUGCAGCCCUGUAGCUGGAGGAUCUGGCAGCUGUGUACCAGCAGGGGAAAAGGAGCCUGCUGAAGGCUGAGGAGACACUUGGGAAAUGACUGGACGCGGAGUAGACACUCUCUAGCCUGGGAUGCGUCUCGUGGUUAGAUUUUUAAAAAAGGAACAUCGAACAAUGUACCCGAAGUAGAAAUACCAAAAUAAAGCAGAACCGAGGCCAGGAUUGUAUUUCUCUGUGCUGAGCGGGCUCCACACUGGGGGCUCAGAGGCACAGGAGAAAGCAGGAUGGGGAAAAAUGCGCACGAUGGGGGAAGCCUCCGGGCAGGGCCUGAAAGCAGGCAGCCCAGGCUGUGCUAGGUGGCCAUGAGUAGGGACUGACCAAUGUGGUUCUGGAGAACAUUUCCUCCAUUGUGAGCUUUGGGUUUUUAUCUGUCCAAGGCGGUCACUGGUCUUGUGGCCCUUAGUAACAGUAAGACCUGGUCACUGAUUGCAUAUGACAGGGAAAAUGGAGGGAUGAAUGAUUCUUGGGGUGGAAAGUGACUUCAGUAUUGUGGACAUAUUGAAUGGGAGUGCUGUCGCCUAGGAACCAGUUGCGUUCUCUUCUUUUUCUCCUCCUCCUCCUCUUCUCUUUUUAAAAAUAUUUCUCCUCCAUCACUCAGUGUUUCCCACCAGCCUCAUUCAGUCCGUCUUUCCAAGUAUAUCGGAAACUCUGCCCUCAAAGUCUCCAGUACAAAGUAUUAACCUGUGCCAUCAGUAUGGUAUUAAUCACCUGAAUGCCAUUUUGGAAAACUCAACUUUGUAUGUAAAUUUUUUGU